CGAUGAAGAUUUGAUCUGGAGCGACGAAGAGAACAGUGCUCCAAGGUAAUGGUCAGAUUUUCACUUCCCCGUGUGUAUACGUAUUAGUCUCGUACAUUACUGGCACCGCUUGUCAGAAGAUCCUUAUCUGAUAAAAGUCACCGCUUUCGGUAGUCAGCGCUUCCUUCCCUCAGACUCGUCUUCAUGAUGCUCGGAGGCUACAGGCGCCUCCCGAUUGAACCUUCUGACAGUGGAGACGAGGAUAUGCUAUCACACUCGUCAGAAGUGGGCGACGAUACUAUAUCCAUUGUAGAGCUAGAGGAAGAAGCACACGUUGGCGUAAAAAAGGUUGAGGCUGCUUUGCAGGUGUACGGACGGUAUUCACGAUGGGUUCUGUUCGCAAGUCUUGCACUCGCGUCGUUCGUUUAUGCACUCGAUUCUUCCACGACACCCGCCUAUCUCACCUUCGCCACCUCGAGCUUCGGAGAACAUAGCCUUAUAGGUGCCAUUACCGUUGUACAGUCACUCAUAGUCGCCGUCGGAAAACCUGUCAUUGCAAAGAUAGCAGAUGUCUCCUCCCGUGGAACGGCAUAUGUAACUGUUCUAUGCUUCUACGCUCUAGGUUAUUCCGUUAUUGCCUCAGCACCGAGCGUAGGUGUGAUAGCAGGCGGCAUUAUUCUUUACGCCAUCGGAAAUACUGGACUGCAACUACUCACACAGAUUGUAAUUGCUGAUAUUACCACAUUGACCUGGAGAGGACUCGUUGUAUCGCUCGCCUCUACGCCGUUCAUUAUAAAUGCAUUUGUAGGACCUAAUAUUUCUUCAGCCGUAAUCGAGCAUCUAGGAUGGAGGUGGGGAUACGGCAUGUUUGCUAUCCUGAUGCCCCUUGUGCUCGCUCCGCUCAUCACUACCCUGUUGUGGGGCGAACGUAAGGCCAAGAAAUUGGCGCUGGUGGACUCGCUCUUGAGCAGAACACGAUCUCGAGCCAGGUCUCUGUCCCGCUAUUCCCAGACAACGCGAAGUUCAAAGGACACCCGCCAGUUUAGCUAUGAUAUCCUGAAGCAACGGUUCCAGCGGAUAGCAGAGCAACUUGAUCUCGUGGGACUCAUCCUACUUGGAGCGGCGAUCUCCUUGAUCCUGCUCCCGCUUACCAUGUCUGUCAGUGGAUCGCUGAGAAGUGGGCCGAUCAUCGCUAUGUUGAUUGUUGGAGUGGUUCUACUUGGGAUCUUCGCGUAUUGGGACAUCCGUGUCGCGAAGAUCCCUGUUUUCGCGCCUCGUUUCAUGAGGAAUACAAGCGUCAUUAUUGCAGCACUCAUCGGAUUUUUUGACUUCAUGUCGUUCUAUCUCACUUAUACCUACUUGUACUCGUUUGUACUGGUUGUAAAGCCGUGGUCAUUAGUCAACGCGACAUACUUCAUGCAGGCCCAGUCUGUCGCGCUAACGUUCUCCGGUAUCAUUGCCGGUAUAUGUAUGCGUUAUUUCCAUCGCUACAAGUAUGUACUUAUCACCGGGUUGAUCGUGCGCUUCGCCGGUGUCACGAUGAUGAUCUACUCUCGAGGUGCGAAUAGCUCUGACGCUGAACUCGUCGCUACCCAGAUCUUGCAAGGGCUGGGUGGUGGCCUCGCGGCGGUCUCUUCCCAGGUCGGUGCCCAAGCAUCCGUAACGCACGCGGACGUCGCAAUUAUCACUGCACUCGUCUUAUUGUUGACGGAGAUUGGUGGCGCCGCCGGGAAUGCAUGCGCCGGGGCCAUAUGGUCCAACACAAUGCCUCGUAAUCUGGAGAAAUAUUUGCCAUGGUUGACGGACGUGCAGCGUGCCGACUUGUACGGCAGUAUUACCUCGGUCACGUCGUUGCCGCGCGGGAACCCCGUCCGUGAAGGCGCCAUACAAGCGUACGACGACACGAUGAAAGUAAUGGUGAUUGCUGCCGUCGUCGUCAGCGUACUACCCAUGCUGCUUGCACUGGGGAUGCCAAACUGGUACCUGGGAGAUAAGCAGAACGCCGUCGACGCUGCUGACCUGGAUGGGCGGAAGUCGGUGGAAACGGAAGUCGGGAGCAAUGAGACUCGCAACGUCAAUGGGGGGGAUACGUCACGAAUGGGAGAUCCCGCCCCAUAAGUAGAUUAGUUUUGAUCCCAAAAUGGUGGAACGCACGUUGGUCUUACUAUUCUGCACCACUGAGCUGCUGGUGCUGUAAGCAGGGUCCUGGUGGGAGCGCACAGUGUCUUUCGUGCCUUGUGAUGUGACUCCGUUCGAAUCUUAAUAAUUCGCUCUGGUACUGCGUGAAGCG